AAAAUGGAAUUAAACACAAUUUAAUUAGCAGCAGCAGCGAAGCCUUGAGGCCGCCUGAGCCUUAGUAAAGGAAAAUAUGGCAAUGGUAAUGAGGGUAUUUUCAGUGGGUUUAAGGUCUCAAUCUUUGAUCGUCCCUUACAAAUUACAACGCUCCUUUUUCUGCAACUCUUCUAAUCCUCUGCUUGUCAAGUUGCUUCGUCUACCGAUCUCCCAAAUCAAAUCUACUCUUGAUUCUCAACACCCUUUUACUCUCAAUAGUUUCGAAUUUUCUUGGAAUACCCUCGUUACCAAUCUUUCAUCUUCCUCGCCUGAGAAAGCUCGAUUGGUUUUAGAGUGGAGAUUGGAGAGAAAGGAUGAUGAGAUUGACCAUAAUCAGUACUCCGAUCUAAUAUCACUCUGUGCAAAUAUUCAAAAUGUUUCACUUGCAUUGCGGCUUUUUACUUCCAUGGAGGCUAGUGGAAUCAAACCCAGUGCUACUGAUUUCAAUUCCCUUAUACAUGCUUGCUUGUCCUCAACAAGUACUGUGAUAACUGCUCUUAGUUUGUUUCAGAUAAUGGAGAACUCUGAGGGAUAUAAACCUAAUUCUCAGACUUAUGAUACUUUUGUAUUGGGGUUUUCACAUUUAAGAGAUGUUGAUAAAAUGCAAGCAUGGUUUGCAGCAAAAAAGGCUGCUGGGUUCCCUGCAAAUCUACAGAACUAUGAAUCUGUCAUUUUUGCUUUUGUUAGGACAAAAGAUUUUGAUAGUGCUGAUAGAUUUUAUGAAGAAAUGAUAUCAGUGGGAGUUAUGCCUAGUGUGUGCAUAUUGGAAUAUGUGCUUGAAGGGCUUUGCAAACGCAGAAAGUGUGACCGUGUUAGAGAUUUUUUGAAUUUUUUGCUGGAAUGCAAGUUUGAGAUUUCAGGGAAUAUGAUUGAGAAGAUUGUGGAAUUGUAUUAUGAACUUGGGAAAGUGGACGAAAUGGAGAAGCUACUUGAAACUUUAAUGGAGUUAAAUCAAGUAGGUGAAGCUUUGUUGCGGUUGCACUGUGGACUUAUAAGAUUGUACGCCAAACUGGAUAGAUUGGAUGAUGUUGAAUACUCUGUGGGGAGGAUGAUGAGUCAAGAGAUGAUAUUUAGGAGCCCAGAUGAUGUUGAGAAGGUAAUUUCAUCGUACUUCAGCAAGGAAGCUUAUGACAGACUAGACUUGUUUAUGGAACAUAUUAAGGGUUAUUAUAAGCUCACAAGGUCGACUUAUGAUUUAUUAGUUGCUGGGUAUCGAAGGGCUGGGUUGACAGAGAAAUUGGAUUUGAUAGUGAAGGAUAUGAAAUUGGCUGGAUUUUAGUUUCUUCAAUUCAGUUGCUACCAAGCUAUAUGCUUAAAUAGUUGUGUUACCUUGGAAGGAUAAUACUGGCACAAUUGAGCCAACCUCUUUACUUGGGAAUGAAGUCUGAAGGUGGUUGAAUUUGGAAACAGUGAACAUUUACAAGCAUUGAUUAAGGAUAUGCUGCAAGCAUAUGAAAGCAGCACAUCGAUUGACAGGAAUUCCUCAAGUAGAGGGGAGGAAUCAUCUUCUUAGUCAAAAUAGAAUGAGGGGAUAUGAUCUACUUGAGAAACCUUAACGCCAGCAAGUCAAUGGAUUGAGUUUAUCUAACCACCAUAGUUUGGUUUUCACUGAGCCAUGGAAUCAAGGAUUAUCAGAAGAUUUUUAAGAUCUGUAAAAGCUUUUCAUUGAGGAUUUGUGCUUGUGCAGAUUACUUAAUGGUAUUGUUUAUUUUAUC